AUGGAAAGUGUACUGGUUAGCACUAGCGCAGAACCGUCCCAUUUGUAUGAGGAUGUUGUACAAAUCAUCGUCGAAUAUCUAGCUAACGAUUGUUUUGCGGCUAAUCCGAGGACCCACUGGACAAGUUUAUUGAGCUUGAAUAGAACUUUCAAUCGUGCUGUUUACCGACUGCUUGGAAGAACUUCAAGGAUUGCUCUUGAAAGCAUGUAUGGGGAUGUGAGGCAAACAUGCAUGAGAGAUCGGCUCGUCAUCAGCAUCGAAAAAUACACCAUAUAUUGCGGUGAUGAUGAGAAUAAAGUGGGUGGCUGUGCGAUACCUGUGAGGAAAGGUUACAACAACCUGGUGAAGAAAUUUGGCUCGAUGUCAUGUCGUCUAGAUGCGCCUUUGCACGACCGAAGAACCGCAGAGGACGUAAACUCUGGAUUCCCGACUACGUUCUGGCUAGGAACAUUCCUCAGUCAGAUAUCCGAAAAUCUGUUUGGGACGUCGCGUUCAACUUCUCAGUCUCAAGGUCUGAAAGACGAAGAAGAACGAAAUUCGGAACGUAUGUCUAUUCAUGUUGGAGUGCGGACCAGGAAGAAGCUUAGCGAUGCGGAUUCCUUCACAAAGUGCAUCCAGGACGCUGCAAGGGAAAUGCUUCCAGUUCUAUUGCCGCGGGAGAAGUUUGCGCUUGCAUCUGCGGGAACAAAAUCCACGUACACUUCUACCGUGAUAACGAGUGGACGUCAAGAGCGAUGGAUUUUGAAGAGGCGUGCGAGGACAGGAACUCUCGGAAAGCCUAAUGCUCUACUAAAACAGUAUAGCGGCAAAAUGAAAAGAUGUCCUCCUGUCCUCAACACUGCCAAUGGAGUAGCUGUCGGUGAAGCAACCCUUCCAAUUUGGAGGGAUCACUUCAAGACCUUGCUAAACCGUCAGCGCCUGAACUCGAACACGUUCAUAGACCGACAUAUGCGGUUAACGAGAAGCCACCGACCGAGUCGGAGGCUCUAG